AUGAAGCGGAUCAACACGAGAGACGUAUUGAGCGAUUUGCGGAAAUCUUCGAAAAAAUUCAAGGAUGAUGUUGAGCAUGAAGUGGAAGUGGACAUGACAAGUGUUCAAGAUCAAGAAUAUGAAAGUGAUAAUGAUGAAGAUGAACUUGAAUCUCCCACCGCUGAUGAAGUUUAUAACGACGAACCAAUGAAAAAUGAUUUAUCUUCAUUAUCCAAUCAAGAUCUGAUGAGACUUGAUUUCCUGAAUAUGUGCACAAACUCGAAAGCAGGUGCGAUUUAUCUAGGAAGUCGUGACCCAAAUGCGAAAAUACACGACAGAAUUGUGAAAUGGGCAGAAAUUGCGCUUAAGCAAAAUAUGGAUGAUGGGUACUGCGGAAAAAUUGUUGCUGGUACGCACGAUGAUCCGGCAAAACGAUUGGUUUACAAACUUAAAUCGCCGUCUUCCCGAGGCGCUUGUUUCUAUUGUAUCAAUCAAUCAACACUUGUAAAGAUCAACGACAAGACAACAAUUAGUAAAUAA